GACUGUCAAUCGUAUCAUGAAAACUCAAGCAGGGCCCGAUUUUUCAAAGUGUGGAUGACGCCAGCCAUCAGAUAAAUCAUUAUCCAGUGAAAGGUGAAGUUGGUUUUGUGAACUCUUUCUCACUGAAUAGACAUUUGUCCGCUACCCUUAAAACCACCGAGGCUACAGCUUUUGAACGCCGGGGGAAAGCAGAUUCUUUCGUAAAUGUCAUUAAAUUUACUUGACUCAUCUCUCUACUGUCCAUGCUAUAAACCUCUAAACGGAGUUUUCCGCCGAUCCGGGAUAUUUCAACGCCGGAUCUCCGAUCCAGGUUUACGCGGUUGAAUAAUGGUCUCAUGGCGAACAUAUUCUUGUUCAGUCCUUACAGUCCAACCAAGAAGCGACAGAAUUGCUGGAAAAUGCGCGGAAGAGCAAAGAGGAACUGCAAACAGAACUAGAAAAGCUACAGAAGUCAAGCAAGGUACCAGCUUCAAUGGAAGUGGAUGGAAAGUCGUGUAACAAUGCUCUACAAAGGCGCGCAGAGGAAAGCGAUAACAGUCUGAGAGAGCGCUACAGAGAAAAGUCAGCAGAAGUAAGGAAACUGCAAAGUAAAAUCAUGGAUCUGGAGGAUCAGUUAUUCCAAAACCAGAGAACACAAAAAAAGCUGGAAAAGGAAGCCACAAACAGACAGGCCCAGGCAGAGAAACUACAGGAAACAGAGAAGGAGGUAGACACAUUAUCGCGCUACAAGAGACAGCUGGAAAAUACAAACAGCAGACUGGAGAGCGAGUUAGAGGAAACAAAGAAGCUCAUGGCGUCAAGAGAUCAGAAAAUCGAUGCCUUGACUGGAAGGUGCCGGACGUUAGAAGAAAUGCUUAAGGAGAGUGUUGACCUCAGCAGAACAAGCUCUGAAGCAGAUAAAGACAGUAGUGGAAUUUCAGCCAUCAAUGAAGCAGAAUUGGAGAGGUUAGGCGAGGAGAGAGAAGUAAUGUCGAGGAAGGUGGCAGGGCUGGAAAGUGAUUUAAAGACACAGCAACAGAAAAACUCGUCUGUGGAGAAACAACUUGAAGAUGCGGAAAGUAAAGUGAAACAGCUUUCGAAGGAUAUGGAGCGAAAGGUAAAAGACCUCGAGACACAACUAAACGAGGUUUCUACGGAGUGUUCUACACUAAAGAGCAGUAAGAAGGCACUGGAAGAGACUAUCCUUAAACUUGAGAAUGAGAUUGACACGAGAGAGUUUGAGCUAGAACUAAAGGCCGCUGCUAGGCAAGAUAAGAUAACCAGGACAAUGCAGGAGAAUCGCUCAGAAGUCGCCCAAGAAAUUCACGUGCAACUCAGUGAAAUGUCAGAUCGUUGCAAGGAAGUAGUCUCGCAAAAUCAGGAACUGGAAAAGAGGGUGGAAGAACUUACGGACGAAAAUUGCGAUCUUAAGAUGGCGAAAGAGAAACUUGAAGAUGAACUCAACGAGAAGAAGAGAGCAGCGGAAGGCAUUGAAUUCACUAACUCGAUGUUGAAAUCUACGUGUUCCAUGCUGGAGAGUCAAGUCGAAGAGCUGGAAAUUAUUAACGAAGAUUACGAGGAGAAGCAGUUACAGUGGAAUAUAGCAAGGAAAGAGUUGGAACAGAAAAGAGAGAAGAGUGAUUGUGACCUUUUGGAAGCUCAACGGUCCUUGGAACAAGAGAAAGUGGCGCGCUCUGGCGCUGAAGAGAAAGUGACCAAGUUACAAGAGGCGUUGAAAGAAGUACAGAAUACACAUAUCAAAGAAGUGGACGACAUGAACACGCAACUGGAGAGACAACGAGAACGAACUGAGGAGCUCACAGAGGCACUCAGCGAAGCAGAGACCAAAUCUGGCAUGGCACAGCUCGACAUCAAAUCCUUGGAACGCAAACUUCAACUUCAAAUCGAGGACAACAACAAACUCCAGAUCGAGGUUGAGCGACUGACCAGUCACACGUCCAAACUGAAGGCCAGUAACUUCGAGUUAAACCAGAACAUCGAAGCAGCCAUGGAGAAGUGCGACGAACUCACGUGUGAACGCGCCGCGCUAGCCGAGCAGCUGGAUCUAAUGGAGGCCUCGCAUGCAGAGGAACGCCUGAAACUGGAAGCGACUAAUUCGCAGCAGACCAAGCUUAUAGACUUUCUGCAAUGUAAGGCUGAAGGCCAGGCACCUAAGAAGAAAAAGCUCAUUGGCGGUGGAAGCAAGUCAUGGCGUAAGAAACCUGAAAACAGCAUCAAUGUGGUGCCACAGCAGUGGAGAGACUUGCAACAGGCGCUAGAGAAAGAAAGAGCAUCUAGCCUUAAGCUACAAACUGAAGUCAACAGGAUUCGUCAAGAAAUGCAGACUGCUAAACUGGAAGCUGCGCACUGGAAGUCACAGUAUCAAAACACCGGAAAUGCCACACCCAAACCUUCCCAGACCUACGCGGUCCUGUCAGCCAUCCAACAGUCACCUAGCAACCAACCGAGUCCGUUGAGCGCUCUGAACCAGUCGAAGAAUGCAACUGCUACUCCGGCCAGUCGCGGCACAUCACACAGGCCUAAAGAAAGAAUGCAUCAUAAUAUACCACACAGGUUUGUGAAUGCUCUGAACAUGCGUGCCACCAAGUGUGCCACGUGCCUAGACACGCUGCACUUUGUGCGACCCUCAUCUCGUUGUGCUGAGUGUGGCCUGGUAUGUCAUGUUAAAUGUGCACCAAAUCUCCCCCGCACCUGUGGCCUACCAAGCCAAUUCGUAGAACACUUCAGCGAGACCCUUCAGGAACAGAAGAAUGAUGAAAAUGACAAAACAAAGGUACAGAGCUCCACCAGGCUGGGGGGCAGGAGAGAAGGAUGGCUACGAGUUCCACGUUGUGGUUCGGUAAAGCAUGGAUGGGAAAAGAAGUGGAUUGUCCUUGACGAUCAAAAAUUACAACUCUUCGACAAGGAAAAUAUGGGAGAAAACUCGUCUCCAUCUGAGAUGCUACACCUGUGCGGUAAAGACGGUCACGUGACUGUCCACUCUGCUGUCAUGUCAUCAGAACUGAUGGGCACCGCCCCCACAGACCUGCCCUACAUACUGAGGGUGGAGUCACGACAGAGAUGCUGGCCUGUUCAAAAUCUCUACCUACUAGCGCCUUCAUUCCCUGUUAAACAGAAGUGGGUGACCUCUUUGGAGUUCGUAUUGGAUGAGAUUAAGAAGAAAAAUAACAAUGACGAGGAUCAGAAACUUAUGGGCAACGUGUUGCUGCAUUUAGAAGAAGGUGAACGGCUUGACAUCAAUUGCACAAAGCUGUUAAAUGACGAGUUGGUUCUUCUGGGUGCCGAAGAGGGUCUCUUUUCGUUGUCUCUCGAGAACCCAGGAAAACACUCGCCUCGCGCCAUUCCUGGAGUAGAGAGAGCCUUCCAAAUCGAUAUCUUCAAUGAUCUCAACCAGGUCAUCAUGAUUGCAGGCAAAGAUCGUCAGCUGUGUAGCGUGGAUCUAAAACAAGUCACGAGUCGAGCGCGACAAUCAAACUCCUCUUCACCUCUCACAGAGCUGACUUCACAGGCAAUCGAGAAGAUCACCAACUGUCAUUUGUUCGCUAUCGGACAGUGCGACUCUAAUUUCUACAUUUGUGCAGCGACCCCUAACAGCAUCCUGUUGUUACGAUAUAACGCUAGUAUUGGAACAUUUUGCACGCGUAAGGAGAUCGAGACAAGCGACCCAUGUAACUGCAUCCAUUUCAGCAAGAAUCACGUGAUCUAUGGCACUGGCAAGUUCUACAUCCUGGACAUCAGGCAACACAUUGUUAAAGAAUUUCUAGAUUCUAAGGACCCGUCCUUAGCGUUUGCAGUUUAUGGAGCCUCGCAGCUCAACAUCUUUCCUAUCGCAGUGCUGGAUGUAACUACUGCUGACUCUAACAAGGAAGAACUGUUACUAUGUUUUAACGAGUUUGGCGUGUUUGUAAACAGCUCUGGUUGUCACAGCAGAAAAAAGCCUUUGAUGUGGAGCAGACUGCCACUUGCCUUUGCUUACAGUGAGCCAUUCCUGUUUGUCACUCAUUUUAAUUCCAUUGACGUCUGUGAAAUCCCACCAAGCACUGCUGAAAAUCCAAGUCGUUACGUGCACAAGUUUUUGGAAAUUCAAAAUCCGCGCGUCCUUGGUCCAGCGGUGUCUCCCGGUGCAGUGUACCUCGCUUCCACGUUACACGAGAAGGUCGAGAUGCUGUGUUUCCAAGGCAACGCAGCUCCCGCCAGUGUUUUUCAACCCGAGGACGACGACGACAGUAUGUCGAUCAUUUCCGAGCUGUCACGACUGUCGAGCCCGAGCCGUCGAUCAUCGAUGUUGGCUCGUUCACCUUCGUGGAGUCCCGGUUCUGCCCGAGUGAAGUCGCUGAAAGGCGUUAUCCCUAAAAAGAGCAGCUCAUUUCGUGUGGUGAAACCGCUGACAGAAGAAAACGUGUAACUGCACAGAUUCAUCUUUUGAAGAAGUUUCAAAUCAGUCUGCUAAUAGCAGUGGAAAACCAACCUUAACCAACAACUGAUCUUUCAAUAUUAGUAGUCAAACCGCCAGGGUACUGAAAUCGGGCAUGGAGCCGCUAAGAGGUUAACCGGGUCCGGAAAAAGCUAUUAGUUGGAGAUUAUUAGUUAGUAACAACUGCAAUAAUGUUAAAUCAAUUGAAGAAGUUUCUUUAACUUCAACAUACAUGUAAGGGUUUCAAAUUUUGAUUUUGUGAUUACUCCUCAGUCGGUCGUUCCGAGUUAAGGUUUCUAAUCUCGAUAGAUUUGAAAUUCUGAUUUGUUCCAUUUUGUGCAGCGGAGAAAAUAAAAUCGCUGAAAUUGGCUCCGUUUGAAACCCACGUUUAUAUAUGGUAUUUGCCUAGGAAGAAGAAGGAAGUUUUAGUGACCAGGGGCCCGUUUCUCGAAGGUCCCGAAAAGUUUUCGCACUCGGAAAGCCAGAGCAAAAUCUCAAACCUUAUG